AUGAAGGCCGGCAAGAACACCGUCACCGGAGCUUCGACCUCCCCCACUGCCGCUACCGGUCCCGCUCCUGCCUCCGCUGCCGGUUUCGGUCCCGUCUCACCUAUCGGCCCCGGUCCUGCCACUUCUCCCAACGGCGCUCUUACCAACCGUACCGGAUCAGUCACCCCGGCCAAGCGAUCCCUGCCUGAUUCGCCUCUAAGAGAGAACGAGAUGUUCUGUGAGAAGUGCAAGCAGGUCCGCCUCAAGUCGGACUUUCUCCGCAACACAACGAUGGGCAGGCCGGAGUAUUUCAAGCAGUGCGAACCGUGCCGCGACAAGAAGAGGAAAUCUUCAGCCGCCCUCAAGGCUCGCAGACAGAAGGAGGAGCAGGAGAAGAACGAGAACGAGACCAAGAAACGUCAGACGCCGAAGAACGAUGGUGGCAAGAGUCGCCAGAAGGUGAAGGCCGAGAAUGAUGACGUCCAGUCACGGCAACAAGAACGGAAUCAAGGAGGAAAGACGUACCAAAGAGAGCAAACGCAGGCUCAAGAGCAGCAGGAGCACCAAGGCCAGCAGAAUCAUGGAUAUCAGCAACCUGAACACCAGUAUUAUGGACAGUACAGUUCUGGAGAGCAGCACCUCGGACAGCAGCAUCUUGGCCAACAGAAUCAUGAACAGCAGAAUUCUGAGCUGCAGCAGCAUGAACCGCAGCCGCUUGAACCGUACGCCCAAGCUGCGCAGAGACCUCUGCAACAGCAGGAGUCCGAAGAAUGCCUGCAAGCUCAGCAGCAAGAUUUCCGGACUCUGCAGCAAGGUUCUCCAAUGCCGGACGUCGACAUGAAUGAGGAACUGGGUACCGCGUACUCAACGAGCCGCCUCAUGCCACAGGCUGAGUCUUACUCAUCUCCGGGUACCGAUGUUUCGGAGGAGAUGCCUGGCCAUCAGUCCCACGCCUUGUCGACGCCAGUGGCUGAUCCAACCGCUCAAACCCAGCACCCAAUGAACCUCGACUACAUGCAAUUGGAAGAAGACAUGGCGUACUACAACGACCAACCCGCCGGAUCUGUUUCGCCGAGCGCUUUCCUCACCACCGACCUCGAGGUCCCCGAUGGCAUCACCGCUUGUGAUUCGAACCCGGCUAGCAUGGAUGGUUCCCGACCUGGACGCGCCGGCAACUUGGUCGUCUCCGACACUGGUUCACCCGGCUUCGUCGUCCCCCAUGCCGGACCAUCGAAAGCCGACCCUUAUCCUUCAGCCAGUCCCCUCGGUGACCUGAGCGUCUCGCUGAUGCCCUAUUCAACUGCCGGCCAGAUCCCCGGAGGUGUCAAGCUCACCAGCGAGCACUUCGAGCUCACCCAUACGGUGGUUCUCAAAACCGCUUUCCCGGACGAUGUCAUCAAAACCCGGAUCGACUUCGAGCGCAGGAAAUUCAGGGAUGCGAUGAGAACUUGCCACUUUCUCCGUUGCCAGAGCGAUGAGAGUUUGCGCCGGAUCUGGAGAAAGCGCGAGGCUGCCAUCGUCCUGGAUCUUAUCGUGGUUCCACUCCCUGAGCCGCAGCCCGUCUUCGGCUCAAGCUAUGGUGACGGAUCUCACCGAAACAUUCGGGGUGCUUACUCCCAGGCUGACCCGACCCCUAAGCCCUGGGCCUGA